UCCUUUUGAGAUGUACUCGUUCAACCACCUUUUUCGAGUGUGGGUUCUUUUGAUAGCCUUAACCAGUUUUUAUAGUGCCGCAAGAAUAAUUGAUAAAAGAUCGUUAGAUAAAUGGACUUUGAAACAUUUAGCUGCACCUGUACUUGAUGCAGAAAAAUUAUCAGGAGAGAAACACGAUUCUGGGUCGACGGGAGAUAAUUUCUCGGGCGAUACUGGACACCAUGGAGAAGAAAAGUUCCACAAAGUUAUAGAAAAAGUAAAAGAUGCGGAAAUAACGGGGCACUUGAUACACAAAGGGAAACAUUUGAUUAAAAAAGCCAUGGAUAAAAAGAAAGUGGAAGGAAAUUCAAAGGGCAGCGGAAACAAUAUCAUUUCGGCAUAUGGAUCUAACAAGUUCAACACAAUGAAAAAUUUGAUAGAGAUAGAAAUCAAUUGUGACCAUGAAGAACUUGCAGCACAGUGGAAAGUUUUAUCGCUUCUGUUGAAGGAAAUGACCAAACCCAAAGGAUCCCAAGAAGACGAUAAAAAAGAUACCAUGAAGUAUUUUGUUGGAAAGGGAUUGAAACUAGGGAAGGUCGUGGAGUUUUUGACUGCGGAGGCCAUAAAACACGAAUCUAUAGACCUGGUAAAAGAAUUAUUGGAACUUAAAAACAAAUAUGAACAAGAAAAGGGGACAGACAAAAUAGAGAAAGUGAAAGAAUUGUUAGAAAAAGUCACCUUGAUAGGAGCAAAAAUAUUCGAAAUGGAGAAGAAACACGACAGUGAAAGCGAAGAAGACAACAAACAAAAAAUAUUCGAACAUAUUGGAAAAAAAGCUUCGAAAUCUGUAAAAGAUAUUUUGAAGAAACACAACUCAGGAAGUGAAGAGGUCCACAAACCCCAUUUUCUAGGUCUCAUCAAAGACAGUGGCGAGCACCUUAGAGAGAAUGUGAGUCACGAGGUAGAAAUGGAAAAGAAACUGGAUGAAACAGUAGGAGAAGAGAAAGACUGUGACAAGACUAUCAGAGGUUUUUUGGCAGAGCUUAAAGCAGUUGGAAAAAAAAUUCAUGAAAUUAAAGAGAAGAAUGAAGAGAAAGAUGAAGAUCGCAAAAGGAUGUUCAAGCACAUCGACGAAAUAAACGAAAAAAUUCAUGGUAUUUUAAAGAAACACAAUACAACUGAAGAUGAAGAGAGUUCGAAAGAAACGGAGAAUAAACUUCCUAUAGCAGAUAAAGCCAAGCACCAAAUGAAAGAAUUCAAAGAAGAUAUUGUCGACGACGUGAAGGAGAAGGGAGGAAAAGUAGUUGAAGGAAUAUGGCAUUUUGUGGAAAAAACCAAGAAACUGCAGAAAAUGAAAAAUGUAGGUGAUUCAACUGAAGACCAAUUGAAGAGAGUAUUCAGAGAUGAGGAGAAGGAGGAUGCAGAUAAGGUAGAAAAUGAUAAAAAACUAAUAGGAGGCUUUAAACAUCUGAUAGAAAGGGAAAAGAAACUACACGACAUAGCUAAGGAAGGAGACAUAAUCAAACACGUAUUUAAAAAGGUUUUCAAACACAAAGAAGGAGAUGAUGAACAUGGUAUCAUAGAAGAAACUUUGGAAAAAGGUAAAGAGCUUGUUGGAAGUUUGAAGCAUGGUGAGGAGAAAGCAAUCAAUGGUCUGAGGGACAUCAUAGAAAAAGAAAAAACACUCUACGAAAUAGAACAUGACAUCGAUCUCAUCAAACACGUAUUUGAUAAGGUAUUCAAUCACCACAAGAAGAAGAACGAAGAAGAAUUGUGCGAGGAUGAAGACGAAAGUGGAAAUAAACUCAAAGAAACGUUCAAACACUUAGCACAAAAAGGGGCGAAACUUUAUGGGGGUGGUUUCAUCACACAUGCGAUUCAUAAAGUUAUAAAACAUGAGAAGAAGGAAGUUGAAGGUGAAAGAGGUGAAAGUCAGGAAGAAGAAGAAGAAAACAAAAUGCAUAAAGCCUUUGACGAAUUUGAACUUGUGAUGAAAAAAUUAAUGAAACUUUACAAAAUAGAACAUGAAGCCGAUUUCAUUAAGCAUGUAUUCGAAAAAGUUUAUAAACACGCCAAGAAAGAAGAUGAAGAUUCAAAAGAUGAGGAAGGAAAGAAACACAAAACAUUUAAAAUUUUCAAACAGAAAAUAGAGAAAUUGCUGAAAAGCAAUAAAAUAGAACACGACGAAAGUUUCAUCGAACAUUUAUUUGGGAAAGUUAUAAAACACGAAAAGGAGGAAAUGGUGGAUUCACUGGAAAAUGAGAAAGAACAUGACAAAAAAUUUGACAAAUUCAAACACAGCGUGGAGAAAAUGAUGAAGCAUCACAAAAUAGAACAUAAAGGCGAUUUCAUUGAACACUUAUUUAAAAAAAUGGUGAAAAAUAAAAGGAAAGAAAGUAGCGAAGAAUGUAGUAGUGAAGAACACGAGGAAACUGAACAUAAAAAAGAAUUCAUGAAGGAUGCAAGAGAAAAAGGGAAGGAAAUUAUUGGAGACAUUAUGGAGGCAGGAAAUAAAUUGGUUGCAGGAAAGGCAGUGAAACAUUUAUUUGAGAAGACGGUAAAACACGAGAAGAAAGAAAUUGAAGUAAAAUCAAUGAAUCAUACAAUGAAAGAAAGAAAAAACCUUGUUGAAAAUAUGAAGCAUGUUUUAGAUAAGGCAAAUGACAAAAUUUUCAAACACGAUGAAGAGGAAGAGAAGAAAGGUCUCCUGAAAGAUGUCUUGGAGAAAGGAAAGAGAAUCAUUGGAGGUAUUAAAGAAAAAGAAAACCAUUUCGAUGAAAAAAAAGAUAGUUUCAAAGACCACGUAAAAAAUCUGGCAAAACAUAAACUGGAAUUCAAAGUUGUGAAACACUUGAUUGAUGAAGUAACUGAACACAAGAAAAAAGAUAGCGAAGAAGAAUGCACCGAAGAUUCGAUUGGAAAAGGUAAAAAAAUUGUUGAAGGUGUGGGACAUAUUAUAGAAAACGCUAAAGAUAAGGUUUUCAAGCAUGACGAAGAAGAAGAUGAAGGAGGAUUCAUGAAAGGUGCAUUUGAGAAAGGAAAGAAAACCGUUGAAGAUUUAGCAAAACAUACACUAGAGUAUAAAGCUGUGAAACAUUUGAUUGAUAAAGUAACUGAACAUAAGAAAAAAGAUAGCGAAGAAGAAUGCACCGAAGAUUCGAUUGGAAAAGGUAAAAAAAUUGUUGAAGGUGUGGGACAUAUUAUAGAAGACGCUAAAGAUAAGGUUUUCAAGCAUGACGAGGAAGAAGAUGAAGGAAGAUUCAUGAAAGGUGCAUUCGAGAAAGGAAAGAAAAUCGUUGAAGAUUUGGCAAAACAUACACUAGAGUAUAAAGCUGUGAAACAUUUGAUUGAUAAAGUAACUGAACACAAGAAAAAAGAUAGCGAAGAAGAAUGCACCGAAGAUUCGAUUGGAAAAGGUAAAAAAAUUGUUGAAGGUGUGGGACAUAUUAUAGAAAACGCUAAAGAUAAGGUUUUCAAGCAUGACGAGGAAGAAGAUGAAGGAGGAUUCAUGAAAGGUGCAUUUGAGAAAGGAAAGAAAAUCGUUGAAGAUUUGGCAAAACAUAAACUAGAAUAUAAAGCUGUGAAACAUUUGAUUGAUAAAGUAACUGAACAUAAGAAAAAAGAUAGGGAAGAAGAAUUCACCGAAGAUUCGAUUGGAAAGGGUAAAAAAAUUGUUGAAGGUCUGGCAAAACACAAAUUAGAAUAUGGAGUUGUCAAACAUUUCAUUAAUAAAGUAAUUGAACACGAGAAAAAAGAUAGCGAAGAAGACAGUACUGAAGAUACGAAAAAAGGAAGAAAAAUUGUUAAAAGUAUAGAGCAUGCUGUAGAAAAAGCAAAGAAGAAAUUUAUUGAGCAUGAAAAAGAAGACAGUGAAGAAGAAAGUAAAGAAAAUUUUGAUACAGGAAAAGAAAAUAAGAUCAGGAGAAUACUUGGUGGUUUUAUCAAAACAGUGAAAAAAGAUCACGAAAAUGAACAUAAAAAAAAGAAAAUCGAAAAAACAUUUGAUGACUUCAAAACCACCAUGGAAAAACUUAUGAAACACCACAAAAUCGAACAUGAACAUGAUUUCAUUGAAGGACUUCUUGGAAAAGUUUUGAAGCACGGAAAGAAAGAGGAUAUUGAAGAAUUCAUUAAAGAAGCGUUGAAAUUUGGUGGAUUCAAAGCUACUAUGGAAAAACUGAUGAAACAUCAUAAAAUUGAACAUGGACAUGAUUUUAUUAAACACCUUCUUGCUCGCGUUGUGAAACAUGGAGAGAAGGAAGCGAAAGAAGAACUUCUUAAAGAAACUCUGGAAGAAGGAAAAAAACUCAUUGAGGGAGCUGUUCUGGUCAAGGGUACUAUAGAAGCUGGAAAGAAAAUUGUUGGAGGUGUUGAUCAUGUUCUAGAAAAAGGAAAGGAGAUCAAACCAGCAAUCAAAAAAAUUUUUGGCAAACAUGAAGAUUCAGAGGAGUGUUCGGAAGAAAUGGAUGGAAAGUUAGUUCGAGGAUUCAAACACCUCAUAGAAAAAGAAAAGGAUCUACUUGGACUGGGAGCUAGCAGCAACUUUGUCAGAUAUCUGUUUGAAAAACUCAACAAGUAUCACAACGAAAAUUUCUUUGGGGGAGCAACAGACGAAAGGAAGGAAUUCCUAGAUUGUCUUGAGAGAGACAGAAAGGAGAAGGAAAAAGAGAGAGAAAAAGAAAUGAAGCACUUCCUAGGAGGAGGAAUAGACCACCAAAGGCACCUACUCAAAGCGAAAUUGGAACACGGAAAACAGAAAAUUGAAGAACCCUUCCAUGUUUUGUUUGACAAACUUCACGAAGUUGAGCAAGCUGGCAAAUACAUUAAAGAUGUCUUGCAUAAGAAGGAUGGUAUGGAGCAUGAACACUCUGGGCUCUUUGGCAAGCAUAGCCACCACGAUACCGAUGAACAUGGAGGAGUUCUGUCGAAACCGAAACAAAUGCUGAGCAAAGUUUCUAGUGCCCUGCACUCAGUUGGGAAGCCUCUCUCACAUACUGCGGUGUUUUUGAAGAAAGUCAUUCCCAUAAAAGAGGAAGAAAACGGCUCUGGCUGCGAUUGUUGUUGCUGUUGCGAGGAGGAUGGCGAUAGAUACCAUGAUCGGGCCCACCACCAAGUUUUCAAUUACCGGCCAGGGAGUGAUUUCGAUGAGCUGUACUCCAAUCCGAACUAUCAUUAUCGGGGGAGGUAUUUUGGAUAAUAAAGUGAUAUGCUGUUA